CGAGAGGGAAGUGCCUCAGCGCGAGAAAGGGGGAGGAGCCUACAGCGAGAGGGAGCGCGAGCGAGCGUUCUCUGCGCUUGCGCAGUCUGGGCAUUCUCAUCCCCCCUCCUCCCUCGCACCGCUUCCUGACCGAGUUGUGAACAAAGAAAAAAAAAGAAAAGAUGAGGGACCGGACGCGCGAGCUCAGAGAGAAGGAUGAUGAUUCGGACAGUGAAAAUGCAGAACUUGAGGCUCUGGUCACACGCCCUGGAUCAGGGAAAUUUAAUGACCUUUCGGAUCCCACUGAUGAAUUCUUCAUGACGACACGAGGCAUUCGUGAAGCCUUAAGGACUCUGGAGAAUAAAGUGAAAGAUCUAGAGAAAAAGCAGACUACAAUUUUGGCCACACCACUCCCAGAGGAUAGCAUGAAGCAAGACUUACAAAAGCUCCGUGAUGAGAUCAAAGAGUUGGCAAAAGACAUCCGAACCCGCCUUAAGAAAAUUGAGCCAAAGAAGGAUGAGGAAGAUGAGAACAGAAACUCCAUCAACACCCGCAUGAAGAGAACCCAGCAUGGCAUCCUGUCCCAGCAGUUCUUGGAUCUUAUCAAUAAGUGCAACUCCAUACAAUCUGAAUACCGGGAUCGGAAUCUGGAGCGCAUCAAGCGGCAACUGCAGAUUACUGACAACAGGAUGGUGUCAGAUGAGGAACUCGACCAGAUGCUGGAGAGUGGUCAGACAGAAGUGUUUGUCUCCAAUAUCAUGAAGGACACACAAGUGACAAAGCAGGCUCUGAAUGAAAUUGAAACGCGGCACAGUGAAAUCGUUAAACUUGAGCGCAGCAUCCAGGAGCUACAUGAAAUGUUCAUGUACUUGGCCACAGAAGUGGAACUACAGGGAGAAAUGGUUGACAGGAUAGAGAAGAACAUUCUUGAUUCAGAGGACUACGUCAAAAAAGGGCAGGUACACCUUCAUAAGGCACAGGAGAAUCAGAAGAAAGCUCGCAAAAAGAAGUUCAUGAUUGCCAUCUGCCUGCUGAUCACAGUAGUUAUCAUCAUUGCCAUUAUUACCAUAUCCAUUAUGGUUGGCUAGAUGUGGAUCCCAGUUUUGUUUCUCUUCACGCUGCAUUGUUGAAGCCUGAUGGCUUCCUCUCUGACUUCAUCUCUAUUCUGGAAUGGCAGUCCCCUGAUAGAGAGGCUGUUGCACUGAAAGAUGGCUGGUGGAGAUGUUUCCUGCCCUUGUCCAGUCAUGAAACCACAUGCUGCCUGUGUCUGCCUCCUUCCUGUUGCCCACAAUCAAAGUUUCCCUGCAGAGCUGCUUCCAGAUGCCUGUAACUCUAAAAACCUAGAGCAAGGCCUGUGCCCUUUUAGCUUUGGCCUUCCUGGGUGUGUGGUUUUUUUAACUCUUAUUUUGGUGGUUUGUAGCACUUUGGAAUGCUUGUGCGUUUCUCUCCCUGUGCAUUUGGUGACUUUUUCAUCUGCAUGAAAAUUGAUAUUUCCUGUUUUGGUCACUUCCUUUAUAGAUUCCUUAUCAUUUUCUGUUCUCCCUCUUAAUUCAAUAAUUUUAUGUUCAACAGACCCAGAUCUCCUUUCCUAAUCAUGGUGACUGUUAUAUUGUUUUUGUCAAUGCCCUAAGCAACUUCCUCUCCUGCUAUAUUUCUUACUUGCAUUACCUGCUUUAUGCUAUGUCAUUUUUUUAAAAAAAAGCUGUCCCCUUCCCACGCUGAAUGUUGAAGGUCUUCACUAGGGAACAAAAGAUCAGAUGAAUAUCCUGCAGAACUUGGAUGGUGGUAUCUUAGCCAUUUACACCCAGUUACUGCCCGAUGUGCUCAUGAAGAAGGCAGUAGGGGACUAAAUCUGAUUAUUUUUACCCUACUGCCUUCUUCCCGAAUUUUGAAGGAGUCCUUGGCCUCUACAAAUAGUCCUUAAAAACAUGGGGUCUGUUGUCGUUGAGACAGAGGACUGCAAACCAGGACUGCUGGAUUCAUAGCUGGCUAAAAUGUUGUCCUAUCAAUUUUUUGCCAAGCUGUUUUGUACCGCCUCUUGGUGUUCUCGUGUCAUAUGUGCCUUAGGAUUUGUACACCCCCACCUCUUUGUGAGACUAUUUAUUAUCACGGUCCUCUGGAUCUCUUCCCCUCCCCUUACAAUGUAUUAAUAGAUAUCCUAGUGCCAACCUGGAAAGGACUGGGACAAAGCCACGUAUGUUUCAUUGUUCCCUUAUCACAAAACCUGAAUGCAGGUUUUGAAUUGGGUUGGUUUGAAAGUAGGUCCAAAGGACUAGAUGAAACUAAAGUCUUAAGGAGGUGGUGGUAUUUAGCUACUUAAGACAUCAGGGGUCUGUCUGUCUGCAGUACUUAACUGAAAUGGGUAGGAAAAAUCAUGUAGGAAAUGGAAGCCAGGAGCUUUUGGCCUUGUUCCUGAAAAUUUACUAUUUUACUACUACAAAACAGACUUGUAUAAAUCAGAAUAUAAAUAAAGUGUUCCACUUGCCUUGCAGAUUGAAUGUAUUAAAAGAAAAGCAGCCUGACUCAAAUUAUUUUGUAAUAUAAAAAUAAAAGCACUU